UCACUGGAUCUCCACACGCGCAUUGUGGAUCGCUGGCACCUCCCACUUGUGGAUCUUCAACUCGUGCACAGCUGUAGGAGAGAGAGACAUGAUAUGGGAACGCCCUCCCGUUAUUGUCUUCUCCUACGUGUUGGUUUGUACGGCUGUCCAGGUGAGGAUGCCGUGCAGUGAGUGUGGUUGUCGUUGGUCAGGUACCUCAUUGCGAAUCCCUCUUUUGUGAACUUUCCCUCGUCCUUCUUGCUGAUCGGCGUCCGGCAGUCCACCUUGUGGUCGGGGUAGUUCCAGCUGCACAGGAGGUCCUCCACCUCAGGGCCCGUCUCUGCUUUCUCCUCGUCGCUCUCCACCGUACCCGUAGCGUUAGCCAUAGUCUUGUUACCCUCAACCACACGUUGAGGGGCACAACGUGCUUUCGGCGUCGUGCUGUCCCGGUCUAUGAUUGUAGAGGUGCACUUGGUGGUGUUCCAGAUGGCUUUCAAGGGCACCGAUGAAGCAGAUGUGGGCGCCGAUGAUGGUGUGGGUGCCGUAGUCGACGUCUCAUUGGCAUGCGUCGUCGCGUUUGGAGCAGCCGUGGUGGUGGCGGUGGAAGGAGAGGGCAGAUUCGACGGAGGCAGAGUGGGCAGAGUGGGCUGUGCCUCAGCGGACCUUUCUUGCAGCAGCGCUGUAGCAUUGUCCGUCGCGUUGGUGGCGUUCGCAGCGGCUGUCUCGUUAACUUCAGGCAGCUCCUCCAUCAGGUCGAAUGUGCAGCUGACAUUGUGGUCGCUGUCGGUAAAAUUGCAGACUUCAGUACGGCUCUCCACGUCUCGCUGGCACGAUGGGCGGACAGUGGCGUUGCGCCAAAACAGUGACUUCUCGGUGCUAUUGAAGAGGAUCGACUCACGAUCAGCUUUGGACAGGACGCCCUCGCCUUCUGCAGGGGCGGGCUCACACAGAUCAGAUAACUACGACGUCGGUGUUGUUGUUUGUGGUCGCUCACCUUUCUCUUUCUCCUUGGUUUCUUCUCCUGCCUUGUAUGCCUUAGCCCCCUCUCCGAUGAUGCCCGGUCCCGCCGCAGGGCCCUCCUCUGCCUCGCGCUCCAAAGGCGGGGGAGUGGGCAGGGGAGGCUCGAUGUCUACCCAACACACAUAUACAGGCAGGACUCAUGCGUGCAUGAGGUGUCAGUCAGUCGGUGGUCACCUUGUUUGUCAAACCAUAGAUACCGCUCAAAGUCCAUGGGAAUCGCCGUGUCGGCACGCGGACAAUUCUCUGGUAGAGACACACAACACGCAAUCGGAAUGAAGUCAGUGUCUCCAGGCAGGCGAGUAUCUCCCUUGCAAUGCUCGCUUACGAUAGCAGGCGAGGUCGAGCGCCUGCCACUGGCCGUUCUCGCAGUACAGUGUCGUCUUGUGUAUCUGCACGCCCAGCCCAGGGCUGUACCCCUCGGCACAUGUCAGUUCCCUCUUGUCGCCGUGGUUCUGGCCCUCCCCACUGAUGUUAUACGCCACGACUGGCUGGGGAAGAGGGAACUCGCCGCAAUCAGCUGCACACGAAUAACGCACUAGCUAAUAUUCUUGUCUUGGUUGUAGUGUUUUCACAGUGCUUGUCUUGAUUGAUACCUUUGCAAUCGAGGACAGUUUGUGUCCAGAUACCAUCGUUCCAUUUGAUGACAUCCUUGCCGUGUUUGGGGCCUGAUGCACUCGUGUAGCCCUCUUUGCAGGCAACGUAGACCAAUGUGUCGGGAGGGUUGGACGCCCCGGGGGGGAAGCCGCUUUUGAGAAGGAAUACAUACCGCAACGGGUCCAGCGGCACAGCACCGCACUCCCCUGCACACACACACACACCCAUAGACAGAGACACCACAUGGACAUCCACAUGUCUCCGUUGCUGCCAGACGUACGUCGACAGGAGAGGUUGACGGCAGUGAAGUUGCCCUGUUCGCAGUAGAUGGUUGCAGGCGAGCUGGUACCAAGUGUGGGGUGUGUGGGCAGUCCCGGGCCAUCAACUCCCGGCGGGGCCUUGUUGGCCACGCCGCACAUGACGGACGUGCAGCCACCGGACGGGAACUGUGUCACAGAGGUCAGGGGGUCCGACUUGGCAAUGACGUAGUAGCCGCCGGUUGAUGCCACCCAGUCUUUGAGCUGGUUAACAUCACACGUCUUCUCACAGCCGAGAGUGACGUCCGUGAAUGUGCUGUUGAUGCACAGGAUCCUCUGUCUCCCCUGCCUGAGCUCUUCGGGCAGCUGGGCCUGCAGCAGCUUCAACCUUCUGGCCUGCUCCUCGUUUUCCACCAGGUCGAGGGCACACAUGUGGCGGAUGGCUGCGUCGCUGGUGCACAGCGCCAUAAGCUCAGUGCCGUGUGGGAAGGUGGGGCUGAGUUGCUUCUGCCAUGAUGAGGGGAAGCCGACGCCCUCGUGCAGCGCAGGAGGGAUGACGUCCUCGGGGUUCUCAGCAGAUGAGGCGUCGAGGAGCUUCUGGGCCCACACAUUUGGAGGCAGCUUCUGAAGGAGGGACUCCUUUGUGCACUCCUCUGCAGCAAAAGAGAGCCAUACACUUGUGCCGAUGGACCAACAGCAAGGCGAGAAAAUAUCGUCAGUAUCGUCUCUGUGUCACUGACUUGCGCAUCGUAGCCAGAUUUUGGACCAAGACCCAUUGAUGCAUUUGAUGGUGGUGAAGUCUGUCUCCAGGCCCGUUGCGGGGUGCCACGACUCGCCCGCCACAUCAGACGACCGACACUUGAGCUUCACCUCCGUCUUGUGCCGGGGAUAGGCAUUCCAGUCAACGAAGCCACCCUCCAGCAGAUAGUCCGAUGUGCCGUUUGUGAUGUACUGCGAUGCUGUCUCGGGGUCGGCCGGCUCGUAUUGGUAGGCGAUGGGACACAUCAUGGCCUUGCUCUUCGAGGGAGGGGUGCCGUCAGGCUUCGGCAGGAAGUAAAGCAGGGGACAGGCACCUGCAGACCGAUAAGAGAGGGAGCUGGCAUGGAGACCUCACACACUUUCCGUUUGUUCCUCUCAAUGUGUGGUGCUUACGUCUGCAGACGAGUGCGAGGAAGGACCAUGCUCCCUCCUCACACGACACGGUUGUGUUUGCCUGGCCGACCACCGGGUAGAACCCCUGGUGGCUGGCACACCGCACGUCGCGGACUACCCCUGACUUGAUGAGCCCCGCGGUGGUUGGCAAGGGGAAUGGCGGGUAGGGAUGGGUCGCAGACACCACAUAACCCGGCUUGCUCCGAUACUCGGCGGGGCACGGGCCUGUCAUUACACAAGGAAGCGAUGAUACGAAGGCAAUAGAUGCGAUGCCCUUCCUUCUCGCAAGUACGUAUGUACGUUUGCAGCGGACUGUUUGCUCGGUGUAGAAUCCGUCGAGGCAUCGGACGAUCUCCCAGUCGACAGUGGAAUGGAAGUCAGGCGUGCGGCCCGGGGAGCACGUGACAUUGACCUCAGCCCCGUGAUGCCAGGGCACCUCCCCGCCGCUCGGCAGAUGGGGAAAGCUGACCGUGUAAUCGGGACUGAAGUGCGGCGGACCAGCACAGUUCCCUGGCGGCCGACACAGAGCUCCAUGUGUACGGAUGUCGUAUGCGUCGUGUCUCUCUCUCGCAUGAGUUGCGUACUCAUGCAGAUGAGCAU